UCCGCCCAGCCCUCCAACGGACGCUCCUGAGAGGCUCGAGCGCGCUCGUUCGGUGGUCGCUGUCGCGGGGCCUGCCGGGAGACGUGCUGAGGGGGCUGCCGCGUCGUCGUCAUGUCGCAGAAGCAGAUAUACUAUUCGGACAAGUACGACGACGAGGAGUUCGAGUACCGGCAUGUAAUGCUGCCAAAAGACAUUGCAAAGCUGGUCCCCAAGACCCAUCUCAUGUCUGAAUCAGAAUGGAGGAAUCUCGGUGUGCAGCAGAGCCAGGGCUGGGUUCACUACAUGAUUCACGAGCCAGAGCCUCAUAUCCUGCUUUUCCGAAGGCCCUUGCCAAAGAAGCCAGAAAAGUGACUCCUGUGUAAAUGUUCUUCAGAAGUUUUAGAUUCAAGCACCUUUUAAUGAAAGCCCUGUGUUUCUGUUUUUUUAAAAGUUUGACAAAUGUUUUACGUCUGAUGAGAGCGUGCCACUGGAUAUGACCAAAGUCCAGACCAGCUUGCUUCACCUCAGAACUGUCUAUCGAAAGGAACCAAAUUGGCUGAUUAAACAGACUUCGUAACAGUUGAAAUGCAAAAAAAUAUAUAUUUUUUCUACACUGCCUUUCACAGCUGAAGGCUGCUGCUUUUUCACACAGUUUGGUUUUUAAAUCCAGGAGAAUGCAGUGUGUUUCUCUGGGUUUUUUUAAUAUGAGUGUUUUAAAUCUUAUAUUCCAAGUUCUCCUCUUGGAACUUUUAACGUUAUUCUAGAUAUGACUGUUCUUAAGGUUCUUCCAAUAAAACACCAAAAUUUUA